AUGAAUGAAGCUUUUCUCGCCCCCCCUCUCAUAUCUUUGAGUACGAAGUACGAGUUGCUGGCCAAGACGCCGCCAAUAGCCGCCACGGCCACCAAGGCCACCAAAGCCACCAAAGCCACCAAUGCCACCAAUGCCACCCUGCAAUCUCUGCAUGUCACCUUAUUGUGCCCCGCCAAGCCCCACACGCACAGCCAAUCAGCAGCAGUAACGGCCUCGCGCUGGCCGGACUACUACAGGAAUUACAAGGGCGGCACAGUGCUUCGCUCGUAA